UAGGUAUAUAUUCAGUUUAAUUAUUUUUCACCCGAUACUUAUUCGGUCUAUCUCUAUUAUCUCCUAAUAGCACUAUUGUGGUAUGUCUUUUUCUUUUUUUCCCUCUUCUUUGAGGCAACCGUUGAAGCCUUCAAAAUACCGUUAAAAACCAUUUAGUGAACUUUCUUCACUGGCUUCUUCUCAUGCCUAAUUAUGUUGUUCCCCGUUGCUAUAUCUCAAGAUCUAUAAUUGGUUUAGCAAGAUUCUACAGAGUAGCUAGCCCCACUUGCUAUUCAAUUCUAUCUGAGCACCUAAAGAACCAACGAAUUGAUGAAGCUAAAGAGCUUUUUGAAAGAAUCCCAUCUCCAAAUAUCUAUUUAUGCACCAAAAUGAUAGCUGGGUAUGCCGAAAAUCUAAGGUUGAAUGAGGCACUGCAGCUGUUUGACAAAAUGCCUGUCAAAGAUACGGUUAUGUGGAACUUGAUGAUUAAAGGGUGUGUAGAGUGUGGGAAUACGGAGAUGGGUUUGAAGCUAUUUGAAGAAAUGACCCAAAGAAAUGUAGUUUCGUACACAACGAUGAUUAGCGGGUAUUUGAAGUUUGGAAAGGUUGAAGAGGCUGAGAGUUUGUUUUCGGAGAUGCCACAAAGGGAUGUGGCAGCUUGGAAUGCUAUGCUUUAUGGGUAUUUUGAGAAUGGAAGAGUUGAAGAGGCUGUUAAGUUGUUUGAGCUAAUGCCUUAUAGGAAUGUGAUUUCGUGGACGUCGGUUAUUAGUGGGCUUGAUCAGCAUGGGAGGAGUGAUGAGGCUCUAUUGAUUUUCAAGAAGAUGGUAAAUUUCUUUAUUGAACCUACUUCUAGUACUUUUGCUUCUGUUAUUACAGCUUGUGCUAAUGCAAGGGAUUUAGGUCUAGGUAGUGAAAUUCAUGCCUGUGUUGUGAAGCUUGGUUAUCAGUAUGAUACUUAUGUCACUGCUUCACUAAUCACAUUGUAUGCUAAUUGCAUGCGCAUGAAUGAUUCUUCUAAGGUAUUCAGCGAGAGGUUGCAUAUAAAUAUAGUUGUAUGGACGUCUCUUUUGACAGGGUAUGGUUUGAAUUAUAAGCACAAAGAAGCAUUGAAAGUGUUUGGGGACAUGAUUAGGAUUGGUCUACUUCCCAAUCAAUCUUCCUUCACUAGUGCCCUAAAUUCAUCCUGUGAAAUGGAGUCUAUUGAUCUUGGCAAAGAGAUUCAUGGUGUAGCAGUCAAACUGGGAUUGAACACUGAUGCCUUUGUUGGCAAUUCACUAGUUGUAUUGUAUUCAAAAUGUGGAAAUAUAAACGAUGGACUCAUUGCAUUCAAGGAGAUCCCUGAAAAAAACACAGUUUCGUGGAACUCAACCAUCGUUGGAUGUGCACAACAUGGAUUUGGUAAUUGGGCACUCACAUUAUUCGCCCAGAUGGUUCGUUCAAGGGCUGAUAUGGAUGAUAUUACAUUUACUGGGUUACUUGCUGCUUGUAGCCAUUCUGGCAUGCUAGAGAAAGGAAGACGCUUAUUUCAAUAUAUCCCCCAAAGCUCAUCCAUUGAAGUGACACUUGAGCAUUAUAGUUGUAUGGUAGAUAUCCUUUGCAGAAGUGGGAAGUUAAAUGAAGCAGAGGAUUUGGUGAAAAGCAUGCCCAUGAGACCAAAUUUGUCAAUAUGGUUAGCUUUGCUUAGUGGUUGUAAGAAGCAUUUAAACUUAGAACUGGCCGAAAGAGCUGCAGAUAACAUUUUUCAUCUUGACCCAAACUGUAGUGCUGCUUAUGUUUUGUUAUCUAACAUUUAUGCCUUUUCUGGUAGAUGGAAUGAUGUAGCAAGAGUUAGAGGAAAUAUGAGAAGAAGAGGAAACACCAAACAACCAGGAUGCAGUUGGGUUAAUCAGAUGGGAAUCCGGCAUACAUUUCUUUCUGGUGAUACUUCACAUCCUCUAAGUCGUAGGAUAUAUGAAAAGCUGGAAAUGUUGACGGAAAAGUUGAAGGAAUAUGGUUAUGUCCCUGAUCAAAGAUAUGCAUUGCAUGACGUAGAGGAUGAACAGAAGGAAGUUCUACUGUCAUAUCAUAGUGAGAGGCUUGCUAUUUGCUUUGCAUUAAUUACAACACAUGGUAGUGCUAUUACAGUAAUGAAGAACCUGCGCGUCUGUGGGGACUGUCACUCUGCCAUCAAGCUCAUAGCGAAAAUUGUUGAUCGUGAAAUCAUAGUAAGAGACUCUAGCCGCUUUCAUCACUUCAGGGAUGGCUUUUGUUCUUGUUCAGAUUAUUGGUAGCAUUAUCCUUUUGAUAAUAACUAUGGAAUGGUUAGUGGAACCUUGUAAUUAGUUCACCAGAAGCAGGAUCACAUUUAACUUUAGGAAACUGCCAGAGUUGUAUUGGGCCAAUGCUUUGCACCAAUAUAGUAGGGUCGUCUUGAUAAUGCUACCAAUGAAGAAAUCAGAUACUGGCAUCCUCUGCCUCAUAUGUCUAGCAGCUGAUCUUGAAGCCGUCUAAAAUGUUUCUGAUUAUGAUUGACCAAAUAUACUAGAAGUCGAAGCAAUCACUAGAUCUACUAUUCUUGGAGUUAGAAUUAUUUGUCAGCGGCUGGUAGUUAAUUGUGUAGUAGAUGAAGUUUCCUAGUUUUUUAGCUAGGAUCAGCAAAUAGAGACCCCUGGUUUAUUCUGGCAUUAAUCAGCAUUAGAUUUUCUAACAGUGAUUGGAGCUUAAGUGAUAGGAAUCUUGUUCUCUGAGAGGGGGUUUGGGGGAGAAGAGAUUAAUAGAAAGUUGUCUAAUAGAACAUUCCUGCCAGUACAAACAGGAAAUACUCAAUAUACACUAACAAGAAAUUUUAUCAUAAAUUUUGGAAACGAUAGUUGUUUGUUUCGUGCCUCAGCCUUACCUGCAUGGCUGCUGACACAAAAGAGACUCUCACUUGAAAUAUUCUGCUUAGCAUUGAAUAUAAGGCCUUGAGCCAUCGGCAUUGCUAUAGCUGAUGUUGUCUUCGUGUUGUUACUGCUGAAGCACGAAAUGCUUCCAAUUAUUAGUUUCUUGGCGUAAACAGAAUUUGAUUAAUGAUGCAAAUUCUCUGUCGUGCAUAUUGAAAUUGAUGUGAAGGUGGAUCUUUCUGUAAUAUUCAAGCACAAUUCAUGUUGCAUUGAUAAAUACUUAUCCACUCAAGAGUUCUCUAAAGUUAGAACAAUGAAGGAAGGAACCAUUUGUACUAAAAUAGUUCUCCCUCCAUCCCAUAUAAGUUGCAGCUGUUAAAGAAGUCAAAAAAGAUUCGGAAAGCUCAAGAACAGUUGAUGAUUCACUGAAAACACUUCAUCAAAUAUCAGACUAAAAAAUUUGGAGGAAUAAUUAAGAAUUUUCAAUCGUUUAUUCAUAAUGAUCAUUCUCAUGGUAUUGUGGAGUAUUUUUUAGCGUCGUCAUAAUGUUCUCAUUUAGAAGUUCUUACAAGCAAGUGAAGAGAAUUAUAUUCAUUUACUAUACCAAUUGUACAUCAAGAAUUACAUUGCUACACAUUUGCCAGUUGAUUAUGGAUGAAUUCUGUUGACAACCCUUACAACCAAGAAAGCUCAUUCAUCCUCCUGGCUACGCAACCUAGCAAGCUUGUUAGUUACUACGACAUCAAGCUGGGACACUCUCUCAACUAUUUCUUUCCUUUUCCUUGUGGAUACAUUAUGUGCAAUCUCAGCACAGUAAGUCCUGUGAAUAAGCUAAUGGUGAUGUCACGAAGCGAAGCAAGGAUGGAAUAAGCAAACAAAUUUUGCUCCCUUGCAUCACAUGUUGCGCAUCAACAAAAUAUCAAGUUCACUUGCAUUGUGCACAACAAACAUCUUAAAGCCAUCGGGUAGAUAGUGGCGAGUCAUCUUGUCAGAACCGUAGCCAAUAUUGGGCAUUAAGACACAUCCCUUGAACUUCCUUCCAACUCUGGAGUCAAUACCCUUUGGUCUGCGCCAGUUUGUCAGUUGUCCGAUAAAUGAAAAUUAUUUCCACUAAGUAAACCUCGCACACAUGACUUGGGCCAAGGCAAGUGAAACAAAUCACAUUCUUCACAAGGGUUGAGAGAAACAUCAAACAAAAAUGUCUAUAUAAUCGAGUGAAGUGUUGAACACUACUAAAUAUACAUAGAAAAGGUUGAAAGAUAGGAGGGAUGUAAGCAGGGUUAACAGUAACAGAAAGCUUAUUGAUACUGAAGCCAACUGUGUCGCAAGAUCUGUUCUUUUGUUUAAUUUCUGCCCAUAAAACGAAACACCCAGCAACAAAGUAGUCUGGACAUAAGAUAUACCAUAGGCAACAAGAUUUUAAACAAAAAUUGAAGAAUAGUACUGCACAAAGCAUGUCUUAGAUGCAAUCCCAGCAGAAAUAUGGUGAUAUUCUUGUAUUAAUCACUGGUCAAUCAGCAAUUAUGAAAAAAAUCAUCAGUGACUAAACACUUAAACCUUUAAACCAAAUCACAAUACAGAUAAAAUUGGGGAAACCAAAACCUCAAAGAAUGAUGAGACAUGCUAUAAGAUCAGAUGGUAGUGCAUGUAUUGUAUUCAUCGUCGAACCCUCGAGAAUAGGUGGAUACGCAUCAUCACACGUUCUUUUCACAACUCAAUAAACAAGCUUAGCAUCAAACAAGAAAGCUAAAACCACACAAAUA